UAACACUCACUCCUGCUACCUCAACCCAGUUUCAACUUUCAAUUCAGUCACCUACGAAUAAAGUUUCUCCCUUUUUCAUCUUUUCUUGCAAAUUCAACUCAAAUUGUCUGAUUCAGCACUCUCUUCUCCAAUUCCAGGACCAAAAUCUCACCCUAAUUUGUCUGUAGAAUGUAAAGGUUUUUAGGUUUGUGGAGGGGCUGUCAUGCUAAAUGUUGCAGUCUGCCAGUGGAGUAGGGAUGAAUCCUGCAAUGGAUGAUAUAAACUUGAUUCAGCAAGCGCAGAGGCAUCAGUUGGUUGUAAGGGAGAUUGGUGAAGAGAUUGAUUUAGAAAUUGGACCAGGAGAAGAUGAUCCUUCAUUUGGUAACACUGCUUUAAUUGGUGGCCCUCCACAGGAAUCUUCAGAAGAACAUGUGGAGAACAAGCAGGCAGGGAUUGUUUCUCAGCUUUCUAAUGAUACUCAAGAUAUGUCAAACAACCAACAAGGGAAAAAGAAAAAGAAGGUUGUUAAAAGAUGGAGAGAGGAAUGGGCUGACACCUAUAAAUGGGCUUAUGUUGAUGUGAAAGAUGGGACAGCUAGGGUUUUUUGCUCUGUCUGCAGGGUGUAUGGCAGGAAGCACAGAAGAAAUCCUUAUGGGAAUGAGGGCAGUCGUAACAUGCAGAUGAGUGCCCUAGAAGAACACAAUAAUAGUUUGCUUCACAAAGAAGCUCUUCGUCUCCAGGCAGCCUCCAAGGAUAAAAUUGUCAUCGAAAAGCCUGUUUAUGCAAAAGCCCUUGUAUCAAAAACAGCUGGAUCAAUUAUUGAAGCUACCCUAAAAAGGGAUCCUCAUGAGGCUGAAUUCAUUCAGACAGUUCAGGAAGUAGUUCAUGCUCUUGAGAGAGUCAUAGCUAAAAACUCCCAUUAUGUUAGCAUCAUGGAGCGCUUGUUGGAACCUGAACGAGUGAUUGUGUUCCGAGUUCCAUGGGUGGAUGAUAGGGGUGAGGCACAUGUUAAUCGUGCUUUCCGGAUUCAAUUUAACCAGUCAUUGGGUCCAUGUAGGGGUGGUCUUCGUUUUCAUCCAUCAAUGAAUUUAAGUAUAGCCAAGUUCCUUGGUUUUCAGCAGACUUUAAAGAAUGCCUUAUCCCCUUACAAAUUAGGAGGAGCAUCCGGAGGAAGUGAUUUUGAUCCAAAAGGAAAAAGUGAUAAUGAGAUCAUGCGGUUUUGUCAAAGUUUCAUGAGUGAGAUGUAUCGGUACUUGGGUCCUGACAAGGACCAUCCCUCAGAGGAAAUGGGUGUUGGUACUCGAGAAAUGGGGUAUCUUUUUGGACAGUAUAGACGUCUAGCUGGUCAAUUUCAGGGGAGUUUUACAGGACCGAGGAUAUUUUUGUCUGGCUCCAGUCUUCGAACUGAAGCUACUGGUUAUGGCCUGGUUUUCUUUGCCCAGCUCAUACUUGCUGACAUGAAUAAAGAUCUCAAAGGAUUAAGAUGUGUUGUGACUGGUUCUGGAAAGAUCGCAAUGCAUGUUUUAGAAAAGCUUAUUGCUUAUGGUGGAGUUCCCAUUACAGUAUCAGAUUCGAGAGGAUAUUUGGUUGAUGAAGAUGGAUUUGACUACAUGAAACUUUCACUUUUAAGAGACAUUAAAGCUCAACAAAGAAGUUUGAGAGAUUAUUCAAAGACAUAUGCUCGGUCCAAAUAUUAUGAUGAAGCGAAACCCUGGAACGAAAGGUGUGAUCUUGCCUUUGCUUGUGCUUCACAAAAUGAAAUUGACCAAUCUGAUGCCACUAAUUUGGUAAAUUCAGGUUGUCGUUUACUAAUAGAAGGUUCAAACAUGCCCUGCACCCCUGAGGCAGUUGAUGUACUUAGGAAAGCUAAUGUUCUCGUUGCUCCUGCUAUGGCUGCCGGUGCCGGAGGGGUUGUGGCUGGAGAACUUGAAUUAAAUCAUGAAUGCAGUUUGAUGCACUGGUCACCAGAGGACUUCGAAUCUAAGUUGCAGGAAGCAAUGAAACAGACUCAUCAAAGAGCAAUCAAAGCUGCAACUGAUUUUGGUUAUCAAAAAGAAAGUCCUGAGGCUUUGGUACAUGGAGCUGUCAUCUCUGCUUUUCUGACUAUUGCUCAAGCUAUGACAGAUCAAGGCUGUGUAUAAUAGUUGAUCAAAAAAUUGAAUGCAUCUCAUUGCAGAUAUUUUUAACUAUGGAGGGAAAUCCACUUUAACUUAAUAGUUUGCAAGCUAAGGGUGAAUGUUAAUACUGCAGGCUCAACACCAAGACGUUGUACUAGCAGUGUGAGAGCGUAUUUCCUUGUAAAAUAUGUAAGGUAACAAUUUAAAAGGAGUUGCCUGUGACAUAGUUUUAUUUGUACAACAUAAAGAGGAUAAGUUUUUCUUGGCUCAUUCAGUCUAUCUAGGUGUUUGUUUCAAAUUUGGAUGUUGAGAUUAGAAAUAGAAGUUUGGCAUUGAGUAUACUUGUCCUUUAAAGAUCUCUGACCAAGAAUUCAUGAAUGAUCUAUUAGGUGUCAUAAUUU